AUGGCGGAGUUCUCCCUCCUCGCUUCUACUGGCCUUUUGCCGACCAUCCUUCAACAUGACCAUCAGGGAUUCUACAAGGUUCCUUCUAAGGAAUUUCAUUCUGCCUUACCAUUUCAUGGUAUAAAACAAGAGGCACCGAAAUCUGGUUCUGUUCAGUUCAAUGCACACCAGUUCGAGAAACUGCUCCUCCCAAUGUAUAUGUUAUUGGAGAACAAUCAAUCUUCAAGGAUAUAUCCUAUGAUUGAACAAAAUGUGCUUAUGGAUGUCCAAGAUCCACAUGUUAGUUCAGUGCUGUUCAGCUUUGGAAUUGCAGAGAAGUGCAUAAGAAAUGAAAAGAUCAUGGAAUUUCUAAGCUCUAGAUCGAAGUUUGCUGAAGGCAAAGACCUGGAUGUUUCUACGAUUUCAGAAGUUAUGGGUCUUUAUGAUGAGGCUAUUGACAUGUUACAUCCUCACCGUGUACUUUUGGAUGACAAAUUUUCUGUUUAUGAUGCUGAGAUGACUGAUCCUCGCCAUCCAUUGCAUAUACCGAAACAGAUUACACCAGAGCUUCAGUUGGACUUUGUUAGGAACUUGCCUGAUAUAUACUUUACAGAACAUCCAGAUGGGCAGCUUCUGCUCCCUGACAAUGUAGCUAAAAUAGAAGAUCUUGUAUCAAUUGUUGCAGAGUUUGAUCUGCCAAAAAGAUCACCAACUGGCUGUAAAAAGUCAUUGCUGGUCCCAUAUUUCACAAGGCAAGUUGGAUUGGAUUGA